AUGCCUCGAAGUCAGAAGAAUAGACGCCGUGGUCGGAAAAAACGUAAUAAGACUGUGGAAAAAACUAAAGAGCAGGUGGAUGCUCGGGCUACUGUAUCAAAGGAACAUGAGUAUCCUUCUUCCUCCUCUACUAGCAACAAGGGAAUUCCCCAUGGACCAGUUGCAGAGAAAUCCACCAAUAAGCAAAGUCCUAAGGUUACCUUCUCCUCAACCACUAAGGCUACAGUUAGUGUAGGCACAAAAUCCAAUGAAGAAAAAAAAAGCAGUGUGAAGGAGAAGGUAAAACACAUCCAAAAAAUCACUAGGAAGUACACCAAAGACACCAUCGAUGAAAUGGUAGUGACAUUAGUGCAUUACAUGCUGCACAAGUAUCAAAUGAAGGAGUCCAUUACAAAGGCAAACAUACUGAGAAAUAUAAACCAAGCUCAUAAGAACCACAUUCCUGAGAUUCUAAAUAGAGUUUUUGAGCACAUUGAGUUAGUGUUUGGCCUUGACAUUAAGGAAGCAGAGCCCAAUAAGCAGAUCUAUAUCUUAGUCAACAAACUGAAAACAUGCUCUGACAAAAGGUUGGCUGAUGGCAGGGUUGUGCCCCUGUCUGGCCUGUUGAUGACUCUCCUGGGUGUAAUUUUCACAAAAGGCAACUGUGCUACUGAGGAGCAAAUCUGGCAAGUGCUAAAUCGGAUGGGGUUCUAUGAUGGGAAGAAACAUUUCCUUUUUGGUGAACCUAGGAAGCUUAUCACCCGUAGAUUUGUAAAGGAACGAUAUCUGGAAUAUGAGCAGGUAGCUAACAGUGAUCCUCCACGUUACCAAUUCCUGUGGGGCCCAAAAGCCCAUGCUGAAACCACCAAGAUGAAGGUCCUUGAGUUUUUGUCCAAACUCCAUGAAACUAUUCCUAUUGCCUUCCCAUCCUUAUAUGAGGAAGCACUGAUAGAUCAAGAAGAAAGAUCCAAAUCUGAAGGUGCAGCCAAGGAUUGUACUGUUCCUAAGAUCAAAACAUGUUGCAAGACAAAAUCCAGACUCUCCACCCAGCCCCGCUAA